UGUCCUUCCUCUUUGGGGCUGGAGUCGGGUAAAGGAGAAGUAGGAGACUUGAGGCAUGGUGUUCUUCCUCCUCCUGGCCUCCAGUCGCCACUCAAUGUCCCUCGCGGCGCACAGCUAGCUGCUUAGACAAACGCUAAAGCUCAGUCCCUUCAGGAACAUACAAGAAAAUCGUACUGGGGGGGGAAAAAUGAGUGGUCUACGGCCAGGGGGAUGACAUGCAUGUGUCCAGGCUGUUAACAACGUUGAGGAUUUUAAGACUAUUAGGCUGCCAGCACCCAAGCCAUGAUGGACAUACUGUACACAGGCCCUGUCCCGGCAGACCGCGAGUCUCCCAUGGCUCGCAGCGAGACGUCCCCCGGCCGGACGCAGGGCUCGUCCCAGCGGCCUAACGCCUGCUGCUUCUGCUGGUGCUGCUGCUGUAGCUGCUCAUGUCUCACUGUUAGGAAUGAAGACGAAAGACGCGGCAGGAAAACGUCCCAGGACACCAAGCUGGAGACCAUACCAAACUGUGAACCUUGCCCCAAACCUACGGUAGAGGAGAUGCGGCUGUGGGCUCAGUCCUUCGACAAGCUGAUGAAGAACCCGGCAGGGCGGAACGUGUUCCGCGAGUUCCUGCGCACCGAGUACAGCGAGGACAACAUGCUCUUCUGGCUGGCCUGCGAGGAGCUCAAGAAGGAGCUCAACACAAGCAUGGUGGAGGACAAGGCCCGCAUGAUCUACGAGGACUACAUCUCCAUCCUCUCACCCAAGGAGGUGAGUCUGGACGCCCGCGUGCGCGAGGGCAUCAACAAGAAGAUGCAGGAGCCCACGCAGCACACGUUCGAGGACGCGCAGCUGCAGAUCUACACGCUCAUGCACAGGGACUCCUAUCCCCGCUUCCUCAACUCCUCCAUCUACAGGUCACUGGUGCACACAGGCUCACGCUCCUCCUCCGAAUCGUAGACCCCACUCCACCCGGGACCCCCACCCACCCCCCACCCCUAAAACCUCCAGACCAACAUAUGGACCAGCUGUCGGCCUUGUUCACUUGCAGUCCCUUCUGAUUUUUUUGUUCUUCUCUUUUUCGCCCCGUCCUGAUCAUUUCUCCUGACCUCCGCCCCCUCCCCCACCCACCACCACCCAGGAUUGCAUUUUUAUUUUUCUUCUUCUUCUUUUUUUCCCCUGCUUCCCUCGCCCUCAAGAAAGGACAUUUAGCCAGAGUCUCCACCUGUCUCUCUGACUCUCUCCAUUGCACAAACCACUAAAGGAGAAAAAACGUCAUCACUUUGGUUUUGUUUUGUUGUUUCCUUUAAAUAGAUUUUCUUUUUUGUUUGAGAGGGGAUUGGAUAUCGAUGGUUGUUGUUGUCUGUGUUGUAUUUGUUGCCUCUGUUUGGAGAAGGUCUCUGUGGAUUUUGCGAAACUCUGCACAGACUCAACUGGAAGACACAGGGUCCUUUUGUGGAAGAUGCUCUUUUUUUUGUUCCUGUUUUCACGUAUCUUUUGUUGAUCAUUCCACUGCCUGUGGUUCCAGCUACUACAGCAUCAACUACUGAUUUACAAUGAAAAGAAACGUUUUUGUUUCCUCGUUUCGUUUCAAAACUGCAAAUGUGUGUAUAGACAUAUCUUUUAUUUUGUCUUUGGUUUUUUGGGGGGGGCAGGGGGGGUUUGGUUUGUUUUCUCCUGAUGUCAUAUGUUGAAGAGAGCCCAGAGACCCGCUGCAAUAAGACACUGGAGUGGAUGUUGCUACGCGCGGUCCCCACCCCAUCACCGGGCAGGAGUUUCUCCCAACCUGCCGCUGCACUGUUUUCAGCCAGCUGUCCAGUCAACACUCCUCAGCCACCCAACCAGACUCCCACCCACCCACCCACCAGACCUCACCUUCAGCUCAGCCUCACCUGUGCACAUCACUGCGUCACCACCAAUCCCACAGCUCACCCACCCACCCACCCACAUGACCUGCUCACUGUCCAGCGCUGCUGUGAUUGGCUCUCUGAGGAGUGUGCAGAGCUAAGCAGCAGGAGGAGGAGGGGCAGGAGAUAGAGGGGGCGGGCUCAAGGAUUCCCAGGUGCAAAAAAAACAAAAAGAAAAAAAAAAAGGAAUUUAGACCGAAAUAACGCUGAAAUAAAAAGAACUGCUAAACAACUGAUAAACAACAACGAAAAAGAGAAAAAUUAAAAAAAAUAUGAAUGGAGAGCAGGACUACAGAAAGAGACCUGAAAAAGAAGAGAAAAAAACAUGCCUAGGUCUUAAUUAGACUCAUCACAGAAAUGCAUUUAAAAAAAUAGUAUUAUUAAUGUUAUUUAUUUUCUAUUUUGUUAAAACUGUGAUUUUACUUCUUAUUUUUUUUUACUUUUAUUUUCCUUGUCUGUAUAAUUAUAGAAAUCUGGAACAGCCAACAUGAAGCCAAGCAAGCUGUUGAUCGCUCAACACUCGAGUGCACUUGUUCAGCUCCCUAUUUUGUAUCCCCUGUAAAAGGCUUGUCUCUCUGGCGCCUCCUCUUGGUCAUAUGUGGUACUUUUUCUUUGUGCGGGUGUCCUGUGUGUUCAGUGGAAGUGCCCACAUGCGGUAUGUUAUUCUUUAGGCGCUCUCUGUCUCCUCCACUCUCCUUUAUCACUAAUCUUUCUUUCUUUCUUUCUUUCUCUAUCUCUUGCUCUCUGUCUCUCUCUCUCCCUUUCCAUCCCUCCUCUCUGUUCUCUUGAGGAGUGUCCACUAGAGAUCACACUGUUUGAGUUUGACUUGUGCUACAUUUAGCUUUUUAGUUGUUAUGGAGCACAUUUCAGAGAGCUCCCGGUUUCAAUGAAUGUUGGCCUCAUUCAACUUCACUUACAGAUCGCGUGUGUGUGUGUGUGUGUGUGUGUGUGUGUGUGUGCGUGCGUGUGUGUGUGUGUGUGUGUGUGUGUGUGUGUGUGUGUGUGUGUGUGUGUGUGUGUGUGUGUGUGUGUGUGUGUGUGUGUGUGUGUGUGUGUGUGUGUGUGUGUUUGACUGCUUACUCAGUCUAGCCCAGUUCAGCCUCACUCCUCUUCCCUUUGAAUUUCCAGUCAGUCAGUCAGUCACUCUCUGCAGUGACUGUGUCCAAUGACUGAAUAUAUCACCACAGUACAGCACAGCUCAGCUCAGCGCAGUAUACUAUAGGGCCGUAUCAGAGAAACAGCGUACUCUGCUAUCUGUUCUGAUACUGCACACUCAGCAGUGUUGGUGAAGUUGUCAGAGCUCUGCCUCCUACACAGUGCCCUAUGAGCUGGCCAUAUCUGCCACCAAAACUAGUAUUCCUUGGCAAUUGUACAUGUUAGUGAGAAUCAUUGGGAUGAAUUAGCCAUCACCAACCAGUGGCCAUUGCCAAGUGUCUUGUUUGUCAAAGACAAACAGGGAUCUUGUUUAGUCUCUGCUGUUGGUAGACCAAGGGUGCAAUGUUAGGUACUGAUGCUACUGAUGUUGAGGCCACUGCCACCCAGUCCUCGCUCUGCAGACACCUUCUCUGGCCCCAGGUGAACUCACCUGGACGUCCUGCAGGAGAGCUGAUUGUUUCUUAUUGUUUACAGAGAUUGGGAAGGGCUUAACCUGGGCUUCAUGUUGGGCGUUGUUUUCACACCGGAGGUGUUUUUUUUUUCCUCAUGGGGAAGGAAGUGAGCGAGAGAGUGUGUGUGCGUGCAAGUGAGUGAGUGAGUUGGUUUGCCCGGUGGGUAGAACUGUUAGCUGAAGCUUGCACCCUUUGCCCUUUGCGCCACACAAGAAUGUGCCCCUAGAAGAACUUCCGCAUCGAGAAAGCACAUCCAAACCACCAAGAAGCCAGCCCUGCCCGAGCAGCGUUCUGCUAGCUGUGAGUCAUAACGGAGGCCUGUAUUAUCUGAUCUGCCGUCUCGAUGUAACAGAAGAAUCGCAGAUGCAGGUAGUCGUCUCACACACGCAUGGCCAGUACGUCAGAAACGCUGUGUCGGUUGGCCAGUGGUGACUCUUCUGUUAUGUCCAUCUGUUCUCAAAACAACUUUGUGGUGAAAAUAAGAACACAAACCACUGCGGUGUCACAAUGCCUCCCACUUAGUCCCGCCUCAGAGUGACAAGCCAUGCAUUCAUACAAACUCGAAGCCUCACUUUUUCUGAAUGCCAGGAUGUAAUUCUAUUCAAUUGCCUUUUUCAUCCCAAGUACCCAACACCUGUUGAUGGACUCUUGAGAACACACACACACAUAUACACACUCACACACACACACACACACACACAAGAGUAGAACACAACUAGGACUUUGUGCAAAAGAAGAAAGACAGAAAGAAAAAAAGGAAAAAAAAAAACUUAUUUACAAGAGCAACAGACCGAUCAGGCUAAUCCCUCCUGCCCGCCUUGCGGUGGGUCAGCCUUCAUUACGUAUCACUCCACUGCAGCUUGCUGCGGCCGCCAUGGAAACCUACUCUCGUUCCUCUCCACCACUCUUGUCGUGUGUCCAGCGUGUCGUCUCUCUCUCUCUCUCUCUCUCACUCUCUCUCUCUCUCUCUCUCUCUCUCUCUCUCUCUCUCUCACUCUCUCUCUCUCUCUCUUUCUCUCUCUCUCUCUCACUCUAACUGGUGCUGCAGCGCUCUAGGCGUUCCUCGCGCUUGUGUUAAGCGGGAAAUUGAGUUUGGUGGGUGGGUACGAUUUUGGGUGUAGGUUUGGGUUGGGUCGGGUAGGAGUCUAGGGAUUUUAACAGGCAGUUUAGCCACUAAAUGCCUCAUCCAUUCACUUGAUGGAAUUCACUCCCAUUUUUUUAUGUUGCGUGUUUUGAGAUUCAGAUUAUUUCUCUCUCUUGAAUAUUUUGUAAAUAGAAUACAGUACACACAUAUUUAUAUAUACUUAGACCUAUUAAAAAAUACCUAAAUUUAUGUACCAUGAAAUUGAGAGAUUAUAAUAAGAUGUUUUUAUUUAGCAUUGAAUGAUUUUAAACUUGUUUUUUUUCUUGCCAAAAGAAUGAAUGAGUCGCUGUUUUUUUUUUUUCAUAUGUGUGUGUGUGUUUGUGUGAGUGUGGCAGGUGACUGAAGCCUUGGGAUUUCACUUUUUUCCCCUCAAGGAUUUCAUGCUCAGAAGAUUUAUGUUGUGCAUGAAGGUGCACUGUUUAAAGAGAAAUGUGUAUAAUAUAUGUGUGUAUAUAUGAGCAUAUAUAUAAACAUAUAUUUGGUAUUGUU